AUGUCCAAUACAAUUCAACAAGAACCACCCAACACGAUGAUUUCGCUACGACCACCUGAUAACAUCGUGAACAAGAUGCUGGAGUUCGCAUCAAAGGAGCCGCCCAAGGUUACAACGCCCUUUUUCACACUUCCACCAGAGCUCCAACUCAAGCUCUUCGAAUACCUCAACCCGAUUGACUCAAUCUGUCUUUCUCUUACAAGUAUCCAGCACACUGCCAACUACACUACCACCUCCGCCCCUUCAUACCACAACACAUGA